AUGAGUGCUACAAUAUGGGGUCAGGCUGAGGAGUUUUGGACGACGGAUGAGGAGGCGGAGACGGAGGCUGAAGAGGAGGAGGAGCCGUUGAAGUCGCGGCCUCCAUGGUUGGUUGAAUUUGAUGAGAAGCGGGCGGAAAUUGAGGAUAGUGGGUUUGUAGGAAGUGCGGCGGGAUUUGCGUCGAACGCGGGACUGGCCGUUCCAGAGUUCCGGGUGCUACCGAGAGAUGGACGGACAUCUCCUCUACGUGACGGUGCUCCGGCGGCGACGACGCCGGAGCCACGAGCAGUGCGUAAGAAGUGGGUGAUAGAGAAUGGGCAGAGUGUCGCGGACUUUGAGACGCGGUUGCCCAAGGAACGGCGCGCGAUUGUACACCCGUUUGAGUUGGACGACUUCCAGAAGCGCGCAGUGUUGCAUGUAGAGGCGAACGAGCACGUAAUUGUGUGUGCACACACUAGUGCGGGAAAGACGGUGGUUGCGGAGUAUGCGAUUGCGCUUGCGCAACGACGCAAGUUGCGUGCCAUCUAUACAUCGCCGAUUAAGGCAUUGAGUAAUCAGAAGUUCCGCGAGUUUUCCAAGCUCUUUGAGAGCGUGGGUAUAAUUACGGGUGAUGUGCAUAUCAAUAAGGACGCACAAUGUCUCAUCAUGACCACGGAGAUUUUGCGCAACCUGUUGUACCGCAACGACCCCAUGCUGGGGCAACUGGGGUGUGUGAUCUACGACGAAGUACACUACGUCAAUGAUGAGGAGCGAGGUGUGGUGUGGGAAGAGUCUAUCAUCCUCAUGCCACAGAACGUACCGAUGGUCAUGCUCUCAGCCACCGUGCCUAAUUACCUUCAAUUUGCUCAGUGGGUGGGUACUACCAAACGAAGGGAGGUCUUCGUCGUUUCCACUACACAUAGACCCACGCCAUUACACCACUAUCUCUUCAUACAAAAGAAGCGAUAUCAAAUUAUGGAUGAUAAAGGCCGCUUUAAUGCACACUGCUACAACGCAAUCUACAAUGACAUUCGUAACUCUAAACCAGCGGCAGCCGCUGGAAACGCCGGAGGCAAGCACACAGGCAGUGGAGGCAAGCAGACAGGCAAGCAGACAGGCAGUGGAGGCAAGCAGACAGGCGCAGGGAUACAGACAGGGAAGCUGCAAACGGCAGAAGCCAAGGCACGGUCUGAGAGGUACCAUCUGCAGGAGUACAUGGACUACCUACAAAAGUCGGAUGGUCUGCCUGUAGUAGUGUUUUGUUUCAGUCGAAAAAAAUGCGAGCAAUACGCCUCUGAUUUACCGGGCUUAAAAGUGAUGACAAACGAGAAUCGGAAUCGAUGUCGCGUUUUCAUGACGCAGAGUUUGCAGAGUCUCAAUGAAGAAGAUCGAGAAUUACCACAAAUAAAAUUUAUACGACAAUUAGCAGAGAAAGGUGUCGGUGUUCAUCAUGGUGGGUUAUUGCCAAUUGUAAAAGAGAUGACGGAGAUUAUGUUCAGUUGUAAUAUGAUAUAUGUCUUGUUUGCGACGGAGACAUUCGCAAUGGGUGUGAAUACACCUGCACGUAGUGUGUUAUUAUCGGCGAUAAAAAAACAUGAUGGUCGAAACACACGUUUGCUUAAAGGUACAGAGUAUAUACAGAUGGCAGGACGUGCCGGUCGUCGUGGUUUAGACACUGAAGGUAGCGUGUAUAUAUUCAGCCCUUCCAUUGAACCACCGCCUUCGGCUGAUGUGCAUCACAUUCUGUCUUCUAAAGCACACCCGCUACAAUCCAAAUUCCGACUUACACUCUCCAUGCUCCUCUCUCUCGUUACCCGACAAAGCAUCAAACCCAGCGACCUAAUUUCCAAGUCCUUCCUCGAGUCAAAAAGAGCCCAAGAAUUACCCACCAUUCAACGCGACCUCAACUUGCUCAAGAAAAAAAUUGAUAAUAUGGAACCCAUCAACUGCAUAUUCGGCACCGAUCCGGCCAUAGAAGAAUACGUAGACACAGAAAUCCGCUGCAGAAAGCUUAGCACACGCAUCUAUCAACAUCUCUACCAGUCCCGCUAUCAAGAUGAAAUCUUCUGUCCCGGUCGAGUCGCUCUCGUACACUCCACAGGCAUCUCCGUAGACACCUCCUACGGCGUCUUGCUCUACCAAGAAACUGCUACCAGCUCAGUCAACCGUAUGCACACACUUCCUCAAGAUGACGAUGACAUUCUAACGGAAGACCUCCCGAAAUUCACCUUCCUUAUUCUCACCACUGAAUACGACCACGACCACCAGCAAAACCCUAUGGUCACCGAUAAGGCGUGUGAUAAGACAGGUUUAUCCAAGUUUACGCCCAAGGCGCCUAUAACGGUGGAGGGUUCCGGCUUUUUUGGAACAGUCAACCAAACCCAUGACCGUGCAAGAGACAUCGAGGUGGCUAUCAGCAAGGGGCCGGGGGCGUACAUUAGUUGCAAUCAGUACGUGGUAUUGAAGCAUGUGCCACUGAACCGGUUGUCGACGUUGAUGGACGCGGUUAUCGAGUUACCUCGGGAGCAGUGGGCGGUGAGUGCAGAAGCCGCGAGUCCUGCGACGGAUGCGACGGCUACGCCGUCGCUGAUGGGAAUUCCAAUCAAGACGAAGGUGAACAAGAGGAAGGCGGCGGCGGCGGCCGCCGCCGCGGCAGCGGCGGCGGUGUCUCCGAGUGAGCCAAGUUCAGGAUUUACCCUCUCUUCGGAGAGGGUAAACUGGGUGCGAACUGCGACCAGUUUGGACUCGACGUUGCAGGAGAAGGAAGUGCGUCCGUACACGUUGCCAGCCAAGGUGAAAACGUUGCCUAUGGACCAGGUGUUGGCUGCAGCGGAGCACGCUAAGAUUGCAGAAGGUUUGUUGAAGAUGCAGUGUCACAACUGUCCGAACCGGGAACGGAAUGUGGCCUACAGGUUGCGUCAGUUAGAUGUGUUGCGUGAGAUUGAUCGGUUGGAAUUUUUGAUGUCAACAGAGUCGUUGGAAUUGAUGCCUGAUUUUGAGGCGAAGUUGGAGGUGUUGAAGAAUCGUGGUUUUGUGGAUAGUGAGAGUAACGCUAUUACGUUGAAGGGGCGGGCUGCUUGCGAGAUGUUGACGGCCGACGAGAUUGCUCUGACGGAAGCGCUGUUCGACCACCAGUUCCAGCAUUUGAGUGUGGCAAGUAUCGCAGCAGUUGUGUCGGCCUUUGUCGUACCGGAAUGUACCACCCUUCCGGAUCUUAAUCUGGAUGAGAUGACGAGCAUUGUCAUGGACAAGGUGCAACAUGUACAUGAAGAUAUAGGACGCGAACUACGGGAUCGAAUUCCACACUUCGAUUUAGAAACUUGGUCUGGCUAUUGCAACCCAAAUUUCGGACCCGUCGCCUUCCUCUGGGCAACAGGUAUUCCCUUCAGCAAACUAGUUGAACGUUGCCAACUACAUGAAGGUACUAUUGUACGAGCCAUUGUUCGACUCGAUGAACAAAUCAAAAAAAUUAGAAACGUCUGCCAUCUCAUCGGCAAUCUUGAACUCAAGAAAACAUUCUGCGAAGUCUCCGAAGCCAUACAUAGAGACAUCGUCUUCGCCAACUCACUCUAUCUUCAAUAA